GCCGCCUGCACUUCACGAAUACCCGGUUUCCUUGUAUGCUCUCUGUCCAGUCGACCGCUCGUUGCAUGCGCGAGGGAAUGUCGAACGGUUUUUGCAUCGAUCCCCAAGCAAGCUAGCCCACCGUCGCGUCAUACCGCAGAUGUGUCUGUCAACUGCGUCAGUCGAGACAAGCUGCUAACUAUGUCGCACUAUCACCGUCUUCCUUCGUCCUAUAAGGAGUCGAGAAGUUGGAGGAUGGCAGAGUAUACACGCACCACCUAUACAUGUGGCAAUGGUGAACGGUAUGUGACCAAAUCUACCGAGUGGUGCUGGGACCAACCACAGCCUAGCAUUACAGAAGAUGAUUCCUUUCUUUGUCGUCCUUCUCUCGCUCGGUGGCUUUGUAGUCAGCGAUGGAACUAGCAGCCCGCGACAGCUCUGCUAUCGAUUUCAAGAACUCCAAGUGGAUCUGGACUCCUCCUACGACCAAUCUCAACGCUGCCCUCCGCAAGGUCUUCUCCCCUCCUCGCGGCCGAUCGCUCAUCGCGGCUGAGAUCAUCCUCGCGGCGAACACCGACUUCCAGCUGUUCGUCAACGGCGACUUCGUCGGAUCCGGCACACCCCCGUCUCGUCUCCGGUUUGCCCCGCGGUACUGCGUCGACCUGGACCCGAGCUACAACGUGUUUGCUGUGAACGCGACGACGAUUACCAACUCCGGCGCCUUGAUCGCCACGAUUCUCGUGACGUACCAGGACUUUUCCAAGUCCCUGCUCAUCACGGACCCGUCCUGGCGCGUGUCGCCGACCUUUCCCGCUGGCUGGGCGGCCCCGGAGUUUGACGACACCGUCUGGACUACGGCGAGCGUGCUUGGCGCGUACGGUGCCCAGCCGUGGGCGGAAGUGAAUAUCGCGUCGACGCCGCCUGUUCUGACGUUCGACCGCGGGAACUGGAUCUGGACGAACGCGGUCCCCUCGAAUGGCCUGCUCCCCGCGGGCCAGCGUGCAUUUCGGCGCACAUUCACGCCGGCACCGAACCAGCGUCCGGCGUCGGUGGAUGUGAUCAUCACAGCCGACGACCGGUACUCACUGUGGGUCAAUGGCGUGCUUGUGGGUAAUGGCACAGACCAUCGCACGGCACAGCACUGGGUGGUCCAGUUCGCCAAUCCGCCGCCCAAGGUCGUGUUUGCGGUGCUGGCGACGAACGUCGGCGCCAAUACGGCCGCGGGCGUCAUCAUCGAGGCGGUGGUUAGCAUGGUACCCACUGGCCGGGCGAACUGCACAGCGAGUGCGUGGGUGACGAGCGACCAGACAUGGGUGUCGACGCUUGAUACCAUCGGCCAGGGCUGGGAGCAGCCGAAUUACGAUGAUUCGACGUGGCCCGCUGCCGUCAACGAGGUAGCGUAUCCCGGUGCGCCUUGGAACACAGUCGUCAUUGCGGCAGCGGCGACCCCGACUGUCAUCUAGUAGUUACACAAGCGGUUCGUACUUGCUAUGUAGUCUCAAUUGAUCUCG